GGGAGCGGAAGGAACCGAGAGUCCGGUCAUAGGGUAGGUCCGGGAACUCCUGCUGCGAAUUGGUUUAAAGAUGCCUGCAGUUGCCUUCCCAUUGAAGAGAGCAAGCUGUUUAGAAACGUAGGAGGAAGAACUUGGAUCCAAAUCGACAGACAACUGCAGGACACCGAGUUAUGGACCUGUUAAAGCUACUAGACCCAAGAGAGAGUCGUGUCCGAGCUCUGUCCCGACCGGACCUAGAAUCGGAUAGGGACGAAGACUCUGGGAUUGAAGAUGAGCCCAGAGCAGAACGCAGAGACUCUAUUAUCUUUGUUGCCUUUAAAGGGGAUAUUAAUGACCAAGACUUGCACAAGAAACUAGAAAAGAUAAUGCAUGGAGUGCCUGAGCUGAUUAACAUGGAGUGUAACCGGCUGAAGUUGCAAAAGGUGGAACCAUGGAACAGUGUCCGGGUCACAUUCAACAUCCCAAGGGAAGCUGCAGAGCGCCUACGUCUUCUUGCCCAAGGCAACAACCAGCAGCUGCGGGAUCUGGGAAUUCUGUCUGUCCAGAUAGAAGGAGAAGGGGCGAUAAAUAUUGCAUUAGUUCAAACCCCUGCACAGGAGGUUAGAAUGAAUGGACCAAUGGCAGCAAGUAAUGCAAUGAGAAUUGACCCGGCUUUUGCGGUUCAGGGCAGAGCAGGCCUCAUCAGGAUGAAUAACCCUGCUGCAGCAGGCACCAUGAUGUCCCAGGGUCCCCAUGUUUCAUCGUCUAUGAUGGCUGCAGGUGGCAGCGCUGAACUCCUCCAACCAAGGACUCCAAGGCCCUCUUCACAGCAAGAUGCCAUGGAUCCCCUCGUGUCUGGUUUGACUGUCCAGCAGCAGAACCAUCCAUCUGGUUCCAUGACUCCUCAGCUCCACCCAAUGCAGGCAGUUGUGGGCAACAGACCAGCCAACGCAGCCACCUUUCAGCAGUUUCAGCAACAGGCUCGCCUGCCGCAACAUCAGCAAGUUACUCAAGGCAUCCGUCCUUCUUUUGCGGCUCCUACUCAAGUUCCCGUCCCUCCGGGCUGGAAUCAGCUCGCGUCAGGAGCCUUGCAGCCUCCACCGGCUCAAGGAAAUAUGGGAGCUGUUGCACCCAAUCAGCAGUGGAAAAAAUCUUUAUUGGGUGCAGGAGGGCAAUUACAGCAACAGCAGCAAUUCCAACAGAGACCAUCUCUAUCAGCAGUGCAGACACCGUCCCACCCUCCCCCUCCUUACCCAUUUGGCAGCCAGCAGGCAUCCCAAGUUCACUCCAAUUUCCCAUCUAUGGCCAACUCAAACCAGUUCAGCUCGCCUUCAAUGAAACCAAUGCAGGGGGGACCCCCGAGGGUGUUGACUCCAUUGCAGCAACCCCAUCUGUCAAAAUCUCCGGCCUCAUCUCCUUCCUUCCAGCAGAGCUCGCCAGCAUCCUCCCCCACAGUGAACCAAACCCAGCCACAGGCCAUGGGACCACGACCGGGACAGGGCAAUUCACUGCCUCAGGGUUUCCAACAACAGACUGUCAGCUCUCCGGGGCGCAGCAGUGUGAUGCCACAGGGGAGCACGGCAGGCAACUUUAUGAUGCAGCUGAAUCAGGGUCCACAGGGUAUUCAUGCAGGUGUUCCUAAGCGGCUGCCGCCUGUUUUUACCGCAGGGCAAACAAAUGCCAAUUUUCUGCAGGGACAGACCCCACCCAGCACAGCAGGGUCACCUACUAAUGGUGCCACAGCUCAGCAGCAAGUAACCGCCGCUGGACAGGGAGCAGGUGGUCAGGCUAAUGGAUCAUCCCAUGGUCAGCUGCAAGGGUCCCAUGGAGGUACCAAUGUGAUGCAGACUAAUCUAAUUGGACUUCAUAACAAUCUGAAUAACCUGCAAACUAGCGGCAGUGGUGUGAGUCAAGUUAAUAUUGGUGGCAUGCAUAGUCAGGCCCAGCAAGGACCACAGUCCCAGAUGCUUGGCAUGCAUCAACAAAUAAUUUCCUCCCAAGCACAGAUGGUUAACCUUCAAGGACAGGCUUCUCUGAAUACCCAGGGUCAGCUGGUACUUUCAAGAACGCAGCUCAUGUCACAGGGACAGAUGUUGGCAGGAUCUCAAAAUCUGGGUCAGCCACCUCAGAGGAUGACACCCCCGAAGCAAAUGAUGCCUUCUCACAGUCAGAUGAUGACAGCCCAGAAUCAGGCUAUGAUGCAGCAGAAUCCUGUAAUGGAGCAGAUAAUGCAGGGAAAUAAGCAGGGAUUCAACACUCAAAAUUCAGCAGGUGUCAUGGCAGGACCUAGUCAGAUAAUAAGGGGACCAGCUCCUGGUAUGCCUAACAACAUGGUACAGUUCUCAGGGCAGGGUAUUUCCCAGCAGGGGACGGUGGGUGGUAAUCCUUCACAGGGUGUUAACAUACAGAAUCAGGUGCUCCGACAAGCUGGACCAGGACAGCAUCUUCAGCAGACCCAUGCAGAAAGCUCUGCUCAAGCCACUGGUGACUUGGGGACCCUUUUGCCAGAUUUACCCAUGCAGCAAACAGGCAAUAUGGCUUCACAACAUGCUCAACACCUACAAAACAUGCCAGGGAAUAACGGACCUGGACAACACUUUGCAGGACAUGGCCUCCCUUUCAAUUCUCCGUUUGGUCAAGGUGGCAGUGGAAACCAGUUGGCUUGUGGACAAAAUCAAUCCUUCCCUGUUAACAAAGAUGUCACUUUGACCAGCCCUCUACUGGUAAACCUUCUUCAGAGUGAUAUAUCCGCGGGUCACUUUGGUGUGAACAGCAAACAGAACACUGCUGCUGCCAAGCCAAAGAAGAAGAAGCCACCAAGGAAGAAAAAGAACCAACAGGGAGAGGAACAUAUGAAUGCUGCUGAAUCUCGUAUGGAAGAGUCUGAUCAGUCUGGAAUCGUAGGAGAUCAAUUAGGAGCCUUAGACGCUGGUCAGAAACUUUCAGAAUUCCAAAACAGGCCACCAGGCUACCCAACUCAAGGUCUUGAGCAGAGACAACUUCAGCAGAUUCCUCAGUUAAUGCAGCUUGGACAGCAACAGGGUCAAAGUGGGCAGAAUCAGCAGCCUACCCCUCCUCAGCAGAUGAUGAUGAUGCUAAUGAUGCAACAGCAACAACAGCAGCAGCAGCAGCAGGAACAAAAAACAGUGCGGCUUCCUUUGCAACAGAAUGUCUUUAACCCCCGGGCUGCUAUGAAUACAGAUGCUCAGAGAAUGCCCAUGCAGCAAGGAGGCAGCAUGCAAGCUAUGGUAAACUUACAAAACACUGGUUCCAUAACACCUUCACCUGACAAGCAGAGAAUGGCAAUGUUGUCCAAUUCAUCAUUAGGAGGCAAUGGUAGGAAGAUGGGAUUUCCAGAGAGUGGACAAAAUCAAACAGGCUCACCUUUGGGUGAUGGACCUUCUGCUGGUCCUCUUGGUGACAUUCCUGAGCUUUCCACAGCUCCUGGAUCUCAAAACAAUAUGGCCCCACAUAUGCUUAUGCCUCAAAAUCCAAUGAUGAUGGCUGGCUCUAAACCAGGAACCCCCUCUGCCCUUUCUCUUACACAAGGUACAAGCCCUCAGCAGCAGCACUCCAACACAAUGGGUGGCUCUCAUGGGCACCAUUACCAAAAUGUUCAGACUCCAUCACAGACUUCAAGGCCGAAAACGCCCAACAGAGCAAGCCCUAGACCUUACUACCCUCAGACACCCAAUAAUCGCCCUCCUAGUACAGAACCUUCAGAAAUUAGCCUUUCUCCAGAAAGACUCAACGCCUCUAUUGCUGGUCUUUUUCCUCCUCAGAUCAAUAUUCCAUUACCUCCACGGCCCACCCUUAAUCGAGGUUUUGAUCAGCAAGGGCUGAAUCCAACUACUCUAAAAGCCAUUGGACAAGCUCCUCCAGGGUUGACUGUGAACAAUCAGUCUACAUUUGUCUCACAUUUGAAUAAGAUGGAUAAUGGAGCUGGAAAGCCACCAACUGCUGGUGGUAACAAGCGGGCAAGUCCAAGCAAUAGUAGGCGGUCAAGUCCCGCAUCAAGUCGCAAAACAACACCAAGCCCUGGUAGACAGAACUCCAAGACUCCUAAAAUGGUACUUGGUGGACAGCAGACCCCUGGAAUGUUACAUAGUAUGGAGAUGCAGAGAAACCUGUUAGCAGGCCAACCAUCUGUACAACUACCUCAAGCAGCACCCACAAUAGGACAAUACCCUCCACCAAUUGUACCAAGUACAGCUGUUACCACUGAGGAGAUCAAGGAAAGUUCAAGUUUGAUUCAGGAAAAUGAGAACCAAACAAUGCAGAUGAUCCACAAAGAGCACCCUGUAGCAGAACACAAAACAGAUGUUCGCCAAGAAAUGAAGAUGGUGUCCCCGGAAGAGCUAGCCAAGAAGGAAGCGCUAUUCCUAGAAGGUUCAAAACUCCCACGUCCUGAAGAACUGUCUGCCCUUUCACCAGCCAUCAGAGAAGCCCCAACAUCAUUGAGUCAACUGCUCGACCACUCUGGUGCUCCGAAUGUUAAUAUCAAGCCACCAGACCAGCUUCUGGAAACAUCUAUACUACUACCUACAGAAGACUCAAAAACAAUGGAUGUUGCUUCUUUACCUGGGGACAGUCUAAAGGAUUCAGCUUGUGUAUCUAAUACUCAUCCAUUUCCAGAGGCUUCCAAUGUCCAGCCAAGGACUGAUACAGUGGAAAAUAACACUAACGUGCCGCUGAACUUACCAGGCAACACUUUAAAGAGGUCUGGUGGUCCAGCACCUGCUUCCACUUCAAUGACACCAAAUCAGAUAACUGUUUUUGUAACAUCAAAUCCUAUAACCCCAUCGGCCAGUGUGUCUACCCCAAUGGCUUCUCAGUUGCAGCCUACUUUGGUACCCACCGUAGUCACUAUGGCCAGUGUUGCAAACAAAGUAAUAGUGUCUGAAGGGCAGCCUCCUGUACAGUCUAAUACACGUCAACAAUUUAUCACUCCAGUUUUUUUCAAUUCCUCUUCUAUUAUCCAAGUAAUGAAAGGAUCACAGCAAAAUAACAUGCCGCCUUCCAACACUAACAUGAUGCCUCAGUCUGUUGCAGUUGUUGGACCUUUGCAUAUUUCCAAAAAUAUUCAGUUCCCUGGACCAUCAUCAUCUACUUCCCCUUCCAGUAACACCAACAAUGUAACUACAACCAGAUCAGCCCUCACAAGCCCGGUACAAAUGUCUGGACAACUUGCACCAUCUCAGUCUCCUUCCCCACUUCCACAACCACCAGCCAAAAUGCAGUACAGCUCUGAUGACCUCAGCACUCAACUUGGCUCUGCUUCUGACUUAUCUUCACCUGUAAAUGUAAAGCCAACAUUGUCGCCAACACUUGGCAGUAAUGUGGAAACUUCUGGAAGCAAGUUCCAAUCAACACCUUCCAUGGGUCAAGACCAUAUGGAAAGCUCUGAAGCUGGCUGUCCCAGUAUGGGUGGUCCAGGAAGGUCACCAUCUAUGACAAGUCAGACCAGUACAGAGAGUAACAGCACUUCUGCACUGUCCAUGGAUCCAAUUGUCCAUCGAUCCAGCACUCCUGUUGACCUUCUACCGUUUCCGUCUCCGAAUCCACCAAUGAUGCUAUUGGCUGAAAAAAGUAGUGAAGGCACGUUAGCGGAGCAAAUUAGCACCACCUUUGAUGACACUGUUCCAGAACAGAUUUUAGAAACAGUUUUUCCUCAGAAUCCCGGGCCAGAGGAAGGGACCAGCACUGACAAUCAGAAUGCGUCAGAGAAACGAGAUGCUGAUACGCAAGAGAAUAUGGAAUGUGAACCAGGGGAGAGGUCCAGGCCCCCAAGUCGAAGAAAUUCCAGAGUGGAGGAAUUCCCCAUGCCACAAGACAUCUUGGAGAGCGGACAACGAAAGCGUGUGGCCCGUCCCAGCAUUGCAUCCAAUUCCGUGAAAGAAUCUGGAGCCAGUCCCACUCAAUCCAAACGGAGGAAGUCCAAGUAGACUUUUUUUUUUUUUUUUUCUUUCUUUUUUUAAUUGACCCAUCUGCUGACAGAUCUGUAUAUGUUCGUGAGCUGUGAUAUAUCUCUAUUUUUUUACCAACUGGAGGUGAAUAUGGUUGUACAGUUCUCAG